CUUAUAAUGCCUUCCAACACUCCAUCGCGAACGUUCCCAGUACGUAGUUUCGAACAUACUUUCCCAGAAAAAAAAAUGUAUCAUUCCAGUAGUAAUCGGCAUUUGCCGAUCCAGUCGGACCACGAAAAGCCGCAGAUCAAACGCCACCAUACUGCACGUUACUAUGCCCACAUAGUCAAGGAGAGCCUGACCACCCGAAUUUCCAAGCUCAUAUGCGGCAUCUUCCUGAGCCUCCUAUUCAUCCUGGGCAUCAUCAGCUUCAUCCUGUGGCUUAGCCUUCGGCCCCACCGCCCGAGGUUCCACAUCCACGAUUUCUCCAUCCCGAGCCUCAGCCAGCCCGAUGGGUUCCAGAAUGCUCAGAUAUCGUUCAACGCCACUGCCCGGAACUCGAACAGCCACAUCGGGGUAUACUACGACUCGAUGGAGGGCACGGUGUACUACCGGGACCAGAAUAUCGGGUCGAAAUCUUUGCUGUUUCCUUUCUACCAGGAGCCCAAGACAACGACAGUUAUCACCGACGUGUUGAGUGGGGCCACCCUGACGGUCAACAAUCAACGGUGGAUGGAGUUCACGAACGACCGGGCCCAGGGGACGUUGGUGUUUCGCGUGGACUUAACGUCGACCAUCCGAUUUAAGGUGUCCACGUGGAACAGUAAGCGCCAUCGGAUGCACGCCAACUGUGACGUCUCCGUAGGCGCUGACGGGAUGAUAUUAGCGGCCUCUAAGGGGAAGAGAUGCCCCGUUUAUUUCACUUGACUCGAUGCCGUGAAUUUAGUCAUUUUUUUAUGUAAUUACUUAAUUAUUUCUACGUUAAAUAUUUAUUAUAUUGUGUAAAUUAAUGCGACUACUUUAUAAGUUUACUUGUUGCACGGGAUUUAUCUUUA